GAUGUCAAAUAUUUUUCACCCCUCCCCACUAUCAGUCACAAGAUAUUAGCAGCUGUAACGCUACUUAAUGAAAAGUUCACCAAAGAAACUCUGCUAAGCCCAUCUUUGUUUUUUUAAAAAGGACUUGUCAUGGGGGAUACUAAAGAGCAACCUUACUUAGCUCAAUCAAGCAAAAGAAAGUUCGAUGAAAUGGAAACUGUUUCUGAAAGUAAAAAUAAUUUUACCAGUGAAUUGAAUUAUUCUUGCAACAAUUCUACUUCUACACAUGAUGAGAAAAGACAUGCAAAAGAAGGCUUCUCCUGGUGGACUUGCAUGCAAUUAGGACUACCUUUAUCAAAUUCUAAACCACAGCCAACCACAACACACAAAUAGGGAGAUAAAAAAUUUUAUGACAGUUAAAUAUCUAAAUAAAAUCUGUGCUUUAGUUUUGUAAAAAUUGAAACUUCAUGACAUGUCGGAAGAAAGACUGGUGUUGGAGCCUCCUGAUAAACCACUAGAUUCAGACUGCUGUGGAAAUGGUUGUGUUCUAUGCAUCUUUGAUAUUUACAACAAGGAAUUAGAAAUUUGGAAAGCUGAAUGUGAAUUAUUGUCCAAAAAUAUAGCUAACAAAUCCCAUAUUGUAGCAGAAGAUAUAAAUUGUAAGACUACUGCUCUACAUCCUGACAAGUACACUGAAUUUCCUAUAGUAUCAGUGUCACAAGAAACUCCAGAUAUAUUGCGCUUCAGAUUUUCUGUCCCUGCUCAAAAAGCUAUUGGUUUAUCAAUUGGUCAACAUGUUAUUGCAAGAUUUAAAUUAAAAAAUCAGUCAACAGUAGCUAGACAAUACACACCAGUUUCACCACUGAAGACUAAAGGCUAUUUUGAUUUAUUGAUUAAGAUUUAUACAGAGGGACGUACAUCUCAGUGCGUUAAAAGCUGGCAAGUUGGAGACAAAAUAGAAUUCAGGGCGUCAACAAGAUCAUUAAAUUAUUCUCGAAAUAAGUUUGACAGGUUGCUUAUGCUAUGUGCAGGGACUGGUGUGGCCCCAAUGUGUCAAGUUAUUAGUUCCAUUCUUGAAGAUGAAAAUGAUGAAACCCAUCUUAAGCUUCUCUAUGCCAGCAAAUCCUACAAAUACUUGAUGGCCAAAAAUGAAAUUGAUGAGUGGAGCAGAUAUUGGAACUUUUCCUCAAUCUUUGCACUGAGCCAGGAACCUGAGGUGGUUAAUUACAGUUAUAAACACGGAGAAAAGAUACAUAAAGGACGAAUAAACAAAGAUUUCGUGACAACUCAUGCAGGUGGAGACAACAGUAAAUUGUUGGUUUUAGUCUGUGGUCCACCUUCAUUUUCCAGGGAUAUGUUGAAGUAUGUCAAAGACUUAGGUAUUCCAGAAUCCAGUAUACACAAAUUUUAAGAGGAAUUAAGCUUAAAGUCAAAGCAUAGUGAUUUUGAAUGUUAUUAUUAAUAGCCUUCCGUGGUGCAAUUUUUUUACGUAAA